CGCGCCUACCGUCAGCAUCGGUUGCGUACGGAAACUGCGAGUCGAGCGUCAGCAGAGAUGGGCUGAGCUCACACGAGCGGCUACUACUAUUCAGCGCGCCUACCGUCAGCAUCGGUUGCGUACAGAACUGCGAGUCGAGCGUCAGCAGAGAUGGGCUGAGCUCACACGAGCGGCUACUACUAUUCAGCGCGCCUACCGCAGCACCGGUGGGUUGCGUACGGAAAUGCGAGUCGAGCGUCAGCAGAGAUGGGCUGAGCUCACACGAGCGGCUACUACCAUUCAGCGCGCCUACCGCAAGCACCGGUUGCGUACGGAAAUGCGAGUCGAGCGUCAGCAGAGAUGGGCUGAGCUCACACGAGCGGCUACUACCAUUCAGCGCGCCUACCGCAAGCACCGGUUGCGUACGGAAAUGCGAGUCGAGCGUCAGCAGAGAUGGGCUGAGCUCACACGAGCGGCUACUACAUUCAGCGCGCCUACCGUCAAGCACCGGUUGCGUACGGAAAUGCGAGUCGAGCGUCAGCAGAGAUGGGCUGAGCUCACACGAGCGGCUACUACUAUUCAGCGCGCCUACCGUCAGCAUCGGUUGCGUACGAAACUGCGAGUCGAGCGUCAGCAGAGAUGGGCUGAGCUCACACGAGCGGCUACUACUAUUCAGCGCGCCUACCGUCAGCAUCGGUUGCGUACGCAAAUGCGAAUCGUGCGUCAGCAGAGAUGGGCUGAGCUUGCACGAGCGGCUACUACCAUACA